GCCUUGAGUGAACCAAUGGAAAACGGCAAAUCAGGACGCUUGCAGAAGACGCGUUACUCGGACACCGCCGUGCCCUUUAAGUCCUUCAUCGACCCUUCGGAAUUCCCCAUGGCUGACGGUUGGGAAAAUACUGACUUAAGUCUCCUUCAAACUCAGCUAGUGUCCUCGCUCCAGCCUAACAAUCUUCAAAUUGGAAACUCCGGCCUUACUUCAACGUCCAAGGCACAUCGACAGACGAGUCUCGGUGGAAUUACGGACUCUAGUUUAAGCAGUGGAUUUGCAAGUGACCUCUCAAGUGCCGCCACCUCGACACGCUUUCCCAGUUUCUCCCUCGCCAGUAUGGAGGCUCUGGAGACCACCGAGGCGACAUGGCUGAACCCGUUAAACAAAAAUGUAUCCUCUACUGGCAUGGCGGAACCGCUGAAACGAAAUAAGAAGACAGAUGGCAAUGGCGGACAGAAGAGAAAUAAACGCAAGUUUUUCAAUCUAUUUUUUUUCAUUUUUUACAUAAAAUCCGCAGGUCUCACAGACGCUCGUCAGCGAUCCGGAUCCAUGGCAGCUGGGACGGCUUCCGGGGGACUUCAAAGUGAUCAAGAGGCUCAACGCAGCAUGUCCUUCUCUGUUCCGAUGCUUACCAGCGGGACCCGUCAAUUCAACGUCAAGGGCAAUAUCUUUCGCCAGCGGAAAGACUUUUCCGUAUUCCAGAGGCUGCAAGCGUGGAAACGGAACGGCUACUUCAUCCAACUUGAGGACGACAGCUGUACGGGUAAUGAGGACACACGAGCCUUUGUGCUGUGCCAAUUGACAGGUCAUGGAGCUGCGGAGGUGCACUGCCUGGCCUGUUGUCGCCCUCUCACUGUCUACGACCACUUCCCACUUCUUGACGGUGCCCUCUUCCUCUCUCCGCUCUGUCAUCGUGGCGGUCUUCAGGUGGGUUAUAGAAAUAUGACUUUGUUCCACUCCUUCCUCGAACCCAUCAGCGUGACAAUGCGAUCUAAAUUCUCUGAUCUUCAGGUCUCCUGGACCGUCCCACUAGCCUCCUCCGCUAUUUCAAGUGGUGGUAGUGCUGGCUCUGGCAGCAUCACCACCGCAACCACCACCACCACCACUACCAUCACCCCUUCUGCAGGUCAAAUAAUGCGAAGCGACCUCGCCCCACCCCCUGGGUGCACAGGCCCGCGACAACAGCAGCAACUACAUCUUCACAGUCAUUACAAUCAGUCAGGGCAGCAGCGCCAUCGGGCCUCGAUCAGUCAGAAGCGCUUCCUUCACGCUGUCUGUAUGGCCUGCAUGCGGAGCAUUGAUUCUGAGGACGGUGCUGAUGCCAAUGACGCUGCCGUUGGUGGAGGCGGCCGUGAAGGCUUGCCGCAGAUCGUCUGCAAAUUCUGCCACAAUUCUUGGAGUGGUUCCACUCUCUUGAUUGGUGGGUUAUAUACGUAUGACCUUUUUGCUUGCUCGCCCUGUUGUCCGGAGCACCUGCGCUGUAAGUCAUGUGGUCUCCAACCUCUGGCACGACAGGAGAAUGAAAAAGAUGGAAAGGAAAGGAGUGAAGAGGAACCAAAUCCACUUCAACCUCUGCCCUACUUUAGCCAAUAUAGUCAGCUUCUUUGCUGUCAGCACUGCCGGGCUGUCGACUACCACUUUAUCAAACCCUUUGAUGAAAUGUAUGACGUACGUGUUCCCUCCUAG